ACCGGUCGCUCGUGUUGCAUUUUCUCAUUCAAUUUACACGAAUUUUCUUGGCCAAAACAGUGAAGUUCCUUUGAUUCAGUUUAUUAAUCAGUGCUUACCGGUCGACACAUCACGUCCAAAAUGAACGAUAGUUUUGGUGCCGGAGGUUUCAACGCCAAUGCCACCGGUGGUGGCGCCGCACAGGAGAACAAAGCCGAAGGAGUUCUCCCGCUUACCAUCGGCCAGGUUCAGGAAUCGUCGGAUAGUGGCAUACAGCUAUUCGGGAUACACUACAGCAUGAUCACGUUUGUCGCCAUCGUGCGGAACAUUGAUCACUCCUCGACGAAGAUCACCUACCGGCUGGAGGAUCACACCGGUCAGGUAGAUGCCCACCUUUGGCUGGAGGAAGGUGAGACGAUGCACGUUCCGGGUAUCGUUGCGCACAUGUAUGCCCGGGUGGUCGGUUCGGUUCGCCAUCAGGGCGGCAGCAAGGCGGUGAUGAUUUUCAAAAUCGAUCCGGUCAGUUCGCCGAACGAAGUGACGACCCAUCUACUGGAGGUGCUGAAUGCUCGCUACAAGGGCGAGGAGUACUCCAAGAGUGGCAGUGGCGGUGGAGGUGAAAUGUCAGGUGCCUCAGGGGAGAAGCCUAGCGCUUCCAGCGGUGGGUUCAUGGAAACGGACGGGAAUACGAUGGGGCUCACGGGCAAGCAGCUGGCCGUGUACAAGGCGAUUAAGAGUCACAUCUCCGACAUUGGCAUCAGCCGGCAGGAGCUGCAGAAGAAGUUUGCGCACAUCAAUGGCACGGAGAUGCAGAGCAUAACGGAUUACAUGACUCAGGAAGGAAUCGUCUAUACCAGUGUGGAUUCGGACCACUUCCUGUGUGUGGACUCGUAAUGCAUGGGCGGGCGAAAUUCCUUGGUACAAAUUAUAAGGUAUUUAUAAGCAUCCAUAUACUCCUACAGUCUGUUUAUGUUAAAUAUGA